AUGGCUCUGAGCAAAGGGCUGCGGCUGCUGGUGCGGCCGGCCCCCCCCGGCAGCAGCGUCCUGCUGGAGGCGCGCGGACGCCACGACUGUCUCCUCUUCGAGGCCGGCACCGUGGCCACGCUCACUCCGGAAGAGAAGGAAGUAAUUAAAGGACAAUAUGGAAAAGCUGUAGAUGCCUACGGUUGCUUGGGAGAGCUCAAGCUCAUAUCUGGAAGCAAUCAGCUGAGUUUCUUGGUCUUGGUAUCAGGCUGCACAUCAGUGGGAAGGAUCCUGGAUACGGAAAUUUACCAGAUCACAGCAACAGACUUCUAUCCUCUCCAGGAAGAAGUCAAGGAGGAGGACCGACUCUCCACCUUGAAGAAAAUUUUGAACUCUGGGAUGUUUUAUUUCUCCUGGCCAAAUGUCGGGGCUAACUUUGACCUGACCGUCCGGGCGCAGAAGCAAGGUGAUGAUAGCUACGAGUCGGGAAACUCCUUCUUCUGGAACCAGCUGUUGCACGUGCCCUUGGAGCACUGCCAAGUGAACUGCUCGGACUGGCUGCUGAAGGUGAUCUGUGGCGUGGUCCACGUGCGCACAGUUUACGCCUCGCACAAGCAGGCCAAAGCCUGCCUCAUCUCCCGAAUCAGCUGCGCGCGGGCCGGGGCCCGCUUCCACAUCCGAGGGGUGGACGACGACGGACACGUGGCCAACUUUGUGGAGACGGAGCAGACCAUUUACGUGGAUGAUGGUGUCUCGUCGUUCGUCCAGAUCCGAGGUUCGGUUCCGCUAUUUUGGGAGCAGCCGGGACUCCAGGUUGGCUCACAUCAUUUGAAACUCAGCAGAGGUCUGGAGGCAAAUGCCCCUGCUUUUGACAGGCACAUGAUGCUUCUGAAAGAGCAGUAUGGAAAGCAAGUGAUCGUUAACCUGUUGGGAAGCAGAGGAGGAGAGGAGGUGCUCAACAGAGCCUUCAAGAAAUUGCUGUGGGCCUCUCUCCAUGCCGCCGACACACCAAUGAUCAACUUCGACCUCCAUCAGUUUGCCAAAGGAGGGAAGAUAGAGAAACUGGAGAAUCUGCUGAGGCCCCAGUUAAAGUUGCACUGGGACGAGUUCGACAUUUUUGUAAAGGGCAAGACUUUAAGCCCACAUUUUCAGACAGGAACCCUGCGAAUGAACUGCCUUGACUGUCUGGACCGAACCAACAGCGUGCAGAGCUUCAUUGGGCUUGAGGUUCUGCAUAUUCAGCUAGAGAGCCUGGGCCUGGAUUCGAAGCCCAUAGUUGAGCGCUUUGUGGAAUUCUACAAGGUCAUGUGGUCUUUCAAUGGGCACAACUUGAGCAAAGUGUUCACCGGCAGCCGGGCCCUGGAAGGAAAGGCCAAGGUGGGGAAGCUCAAGGAUGGAGCCCGGUCUAUGUCUCGCACGAUCCAAUCCAACUUCUUCGAUGGAGUGAAGCAGGAGGCCAUUAGGCUGCUGCUGGUGGGAGAUGUCUACAGUGAGGAGUAUGCGGACAAGGGAAGGAUGCUGGUGGACAGCUCGGCCCUGCUAGGGACAACCAGCAUGCUGAAGGCAGUGGCCGAGCGGCAGUCAGAAUUCACCAAUUUCAAGCAGAUCCGCGUGGCUGUGGGGACCUGGAAUGUGAAUGGAGGGAAGCAGUUCCGGAGCCACCUCCUGGGCACCAGCGAGCUGACGGACUGGCUGCUGGAUUCCCCCAAAUUUGCGGGUGCGGCCUACUUCCGGGAUGACAGCAGCUCAUCUGAUAUAUUUGCAGUGGGGUGUGAAGAGAUGGUGGAACUGAGUGCAGGAAAUAUUGUCAAUGCCAGCACAACCAAUAGAAAAACAUGGGGUGAGCAGCUUCAGAAAGCUAUUUCCCGGACUCAUAAGUACAUUCUGUUGACUUCGGCCCAGCUGGUGGGUGUCUGUCUUUACAUUUUCAUCCGUCCACACCAUGUUCCAUUCAUCAGGGAUGUAGCAGUAGACACAGUGAAGACCGGAAUGGGAGGAAAAGCUGGGAAUAAGGGUGCUGUUGGCAUCCGUUUUCAAUUCCACAGCACCAGUUUUUGCUUCAUCUGCAGCCAUUUGACGGCUGGACAGACCCAGGUGAAAGAAAGGAACGAAGACUACAAAGAGAUUACUCAGAAGCUCAGUUUCCCAAUGGGAAGGAAUGUCUUCUCCCAUGAUUAUGUGUUCUGGUGUGGUGAUUUCAACUAUCGCAUUGAUCUUACCUAUGAAGAAGUCUUUUAUUUUGUUAAACGACAAGAUUGGAAGAAACUUUUGGAAUUUGACCAGUUACAACUACAGAAAUCAAGUGGAAAAAUUUUUAAAGACUUCCAUGAAGGAACCAUUAAUUUUGGACCCACGUACAAGUAUGAUGUGGGCUCAGAGGCUUAUGAUACGAGCGACAAGUGCCGAACCCCAGCCUGGACCGACAGAGUGCUUUGGUGGAGAAAGAAACAUCCCUUUGAUAAAACAGCUGAAGAGAUCAACCUUCUAGACAACGAUAUAAACUUUGAGGCAAAAGUCAAACAUACCUGGUCCCCUGGUGCUCUCAUGUACUAUGGCCGUGCAGAGCUGCUUGCGUCGGAUCAUAGGCCGGUGCUGGCUGUGGUGGAUGUGGAAGUUCAGGAAGUUGAUGUGGCUGCUCGGGAGAGAAUCUUCCAAGAAGUUUCUUCUUUCCAGGGACCUUUGGAUGCCACGGUAGUGGUAAACCUCCAGUCCCCAACCCUGGAAGAGAAAAAUGAAUUUCCUGAGGACUUGCGCACUGAGCUCAUGGAAACUCUGGGGAAUUUUGGGACAAUUGUUCUCGUCAGGAUCAAUCAAGGACAAAUGAUGGUGACAUUUGCAGACAGCCGAUCAGCCUUCAGCGUUUUGGGUGUGGAUGGCAUGAAGGUGAAAGGCCGAGCCCUGAAGAUCAGACCCAAAACCAAAGAUUGGCUGAAGGGGCUGAGAGAGGAAAUCACUCGGAAGCGAGACAGCGUUGUGUCCAUGUCGCCCACAGCCAACUCAUGCCUGCUGGAGGAAAACUUUGACUUCUCAAGCCUGGACUAUGAAUCGGAAGGUGAUAUCCUGGAAGACGAGGAGGACGACUUGGAUGAUGAGCAACCUCAGCACCUCAUGUCAGAUGCAGAGCUGAGCACGGAUGGCAUCUCUGCCAGUCCCACCCCUUCAGCAAGACCCGGCCUCAUUGAUGCUGAGCUGGCAGAGUUGAAGCAAGAGCUGGAAGCAGUUGGAGACUUCCGCCUCCGUUCCCCGAGCAGGUCUCUGUCGGUACCCAGCAGGCCUCGGCCCCUUCAUCCACCACAGAGACCCCCACCUCCAACUGGAAUGACAGUGAAAAAGUCCGCCUCUGAUGCCUCCCUCCCCUCGGGCACCCACACACAGUAUUCCAUCUUGCAGAUGGCAAAGCUUCUUCCAGGAGCACCACAGCAACCGCCUAAAGCCAGGAUGGGAAUAAGUAAGCCAUACAAUGUCAAGCAGAUCAAAACAACCAAUGCUCAGGAAGCUGAGGAAGCCAUUCGAUGCCUGAUGGAAGCAAAGGGAGGGAUGCCAGAAGAGGCCCUAAAUUCUGUUCUCCAGAGGAGCCAAGUACCCACCAAUCUGGAUCCCUCAUCCAGCUCAGCGAAGCCAGGGGCCUCUACAGGCGGGCAGCUCCUGCCCCAACGGCCCGCACCCAGAGUUCCCACCAUGAAGAAGGCGAUAUCCCUGCGGAAAACAGGAAAAUCCUUGUCGUCAGAGGAGCAGUUUGCACAGCAAACUGUCCAAUUUACCAUUGGAUCCCCUGAGGCCGGUCCCCAAGACUCCUCUUUCACCACCCUCACUCCCACUGCUCCGGUCCCCAAACCGAGAACCACGCAGUCCCGGAAAGUGGCCCAAGAAAAAUCGAGCCUGGAGGCACAACCUUUCGCCGAGGAUGCUUUGAUCGUCAGCCCAGUGCCUGCCUUUGUCCCCAAGGUCCCACCGAGGAGGAAGAAAUCUGCGCCCACAGCUUUCCACCUUCAGGUGCUGCAGUCAAACAGUCUGCUUCUCCAGGAUUUACCUCAAGUCAGCAGUGGGGGCAAUGGCAGCAGUGGUAGCAACAGCAGCAGUACCCUCCAUCCUGCUACCAGAGACCAGUACGAAACAUCACCCUCCUCUCCGCAAGAGUCGCAUAUUCUGAAUGCCACCACCGGUGCCGGCCCGGACCCCAACGGCACCCGGGAAUCAAAGAGAGAGCCCUCUCUUCUCCCCGAUGAUCAGCAGGAUCCCUUCUCGAGCCUCUUUCACCACCCAAAUCUGCUGGGCAAUGGCUGGCUUGCCAAGAGUUCUAAGUCUUCGGAUUUAGGGACCCAGAGUCCGGGAAGGGAAGACCUGAACUGGACCCUGUUUGCCACUCCAACAGCCAGGGUGGGCAUCACCAGCGAGUGUGGCCCUUCAGGCUUUCAGGGCUUUGGUCCCUGUGGGGAGGGUGCCGACCAAGACAAAGGGAAGGCACUGCAAGUGGUCUCCCGCUGUCUCUAAUAUUCAGAUUGUCUCCCUUCCCUCUCCCUGCAGGCAUCCUUCUUGGUUUUAUGGACCCAGAAAUCCACUUGUUGUAGAAUCCCGUCUGCAAAGAGGGAACCACCUCUUUCCUGCCUGAGGUGGAUACUGGGGCAGUGUUUGAGUUUAUAGCAUCAUUCUUGUAGAGUUUGCUGACAGGAUUUCUUUCUGUUGUACGUUGUAUAUUGUCUCCGACUAAUCAAAAAAUUGUUCAUUUGGAUUUUGGAUAUUUUAUGAGCGCUUCCUCCCCUGCGCCGUCAUCUCCUACCCCUUUCCUCCCCCACUCUCCGCACCUAUGUUGCUUUGGCUGAACCUAAGAAUACAAGAAUAAUUUCUGUGUGGCUCUUAUGCAAAUGACUUCUACAUUUGUGGAAAAACUGUGGAUAAACAAUGCAGAGCAGGCCUCUGGGAACAGGGUGAAAUGUGAGUCUGUGUUUUCUUUUCUGCUCCUCGGGGAGCCUGCCGAGGCACAACUUUUCCGGUUUUCUCCCUCAAUCUCAUCCCAUCGCAUCGGGGUGUUUGGAACUGCUGCUUGCCACUUGUCUGACUCUGCAGAAGGUAGGUGCCGAGAUAAGAAUGAGGCUUUGAAACGUACAUUCCAGGAACACCUCUGGUCUUGGGUUUCUGGAGGAUCCUAGUGAUGUUUUAGGGCUUAGCUGGCUAAUGAAACUUAAGAGAUCGAUACGCCCAACCCAAAUGAGUGCUAGCCAUAGGAAUCCAAACUGCUACAUCUGGAGGAGUUUGAAUUCUUAUUUACUGCUUCUGAACUGUAUUUAUCUCUAAAGAAAUUGGGCCUCUCGGGCACAAGGAAGUGAAUGUGAUGAAAUGGACAGCAGAUGAGGAGUAUACUAUUUGGAGCAUAUGCUCUCUCCAGUGUAUCAGGUGUGGCUUAAAUUGCUCAAACUAGGUGCUCAGUAGCAGCGAAUAUGUUUGAUCCCCUACCACCCAUUACAGAAGGUGAUUUCCCUCUAUCCUGGAACACCGCAUCCAGUGUGGAAUGCUUUUUCUUGAAGGCCAUACCCAGACCUACAGUAACUGGGUAGGCGGGUACACUUCCAUUGGAGAGUCACAUUGAUAGAACAUGGAAAUGUGAUGGAUGCCAGCUGUCCCACCCUCACCCCCAAGCUGUGCCAGUAUGACAGCCACAAACCAGGCAGGGUUUCUGGCUUGUACCUGAAAGUGCUUGUUUCUAACAGCAAGGAUUUUAUGCCUUUAAUAGCGAGCAUGAUGCAUUAGCUUCUCUUUGCUACUAGAAUAUGCUUCAUCUCAGCAAUGUAGAGCAGCUGCAUUUGUGUCCUUUCAAGAACCUAAUGGGAUUCAGGAAGUUUUAUUUCCUCUUUAUGCUUCCUUUCAAAAGCAUCAGGCUUCUCUAGUGUGGCAUUUGACUCGGAAGGCCCACCGGAAUCAGCACAAAUGCACUUGGUUUGGGAGUGGAACCCUUAAGGCAGAGCCCUGUGUUAGGUCCUAGAGAUGGGAGUCGUCUUUUCUGUUUCUCUUUGAAUGUCCGCAUGGGAGAAGGGAGCCACUCUGGUCAUGCCUAGUGUAGCCUUCCCAUUGGGAAGUCAGGUGAAUUGAAGAGGGGAUUGCUCAACUUCCAGUUCUUGCUUUGCGCAAGGCUAGAAAAAUAGGCAAUAUAACAGUAGGUAUGAAGGGUAGGGAAUAGAAUGAGAAGCAGUGUAGCCUAGUGGAUAGAGCUCGGGCCUGGGAGUCACAAGGAUCUGGGGUCUCAUCCCAGC